AUGUCUAGCCUCACGACCAUUAGCAGCGGCACGGAGGAGUUCCUGGAAGUGGAGGAGCUCGUCGACACGAGGCUGUCCCUUGUGAUCGGUGCCAGGAGUCCGCAGCACCCGCCGGGGCAGCCUCUGCUGCCCCUGACCGAAAAGGAAGCGUCGGCAGGCAGGAAGAGAAAGAGGGCGAGUACGGUGAAGGGCGGCAGCGACAUCAACGAUGACAGCGGCGGCAGCGGCGCGAGGAAGAAGCUCCAGCUCACCGGCGAGCAGGCGGCGGUAAUGGAAAAAAGCUUCCGCGCUCACAACGUCCUGUCCCAUGAUGAGAAGCAUGAUCUGGCGCGGCGGCUCGGGCUGAAGGCAAGGCAGGUGGAGGUGUGGUUCCAGAACAGGAGGGCACGCACCAAGCUCAAGCAGACGGAGCUCGACUGCGAGCUGCUCCGCCGGUUGUGCGAGCGGCUCGGCCACGACAACGAGCGGCUCCAGCGAGACCUCGCUGAGGCGCGCUCCUCCUUAUCGUCGGCAGCCUUCAUAUCCAGCCUCACGUCCUCAUCAUGCCCGUCCUGCAACAAGCCUGGCGGCGGCUGGCCUGGUGUCGGCCUAAUAAAUCGAGAUUAG